GUAUAAAUGUAGCCGGGAAAGGUUGCACGUUAAUCAGACGUACAGCAUGACAAAGAGACUGGGUACCUUGCUCUGUGGGCUGCUGUUCUGCAGCGCCGCCCUAGCGGAAUGUCCCGAUGAUGCCGCGGAUUUGGUGUCAUGGACUACACAAAUUGGAACGACCUCUCCCCAAGACGAAAUAACGAUCUCCAGCCCCGUGCUCCUGGACACGUCCGUGGAACUGUUCGGACUGACCAUCGCUUCCGGUGGCCGUCUGGUAUGGAGCAGAGCCGGCGAUUACGGAAUGAGGUCGCACUAUAUCAAAAUUCAAAAUGGCGGAGAACUACAUAUCGGGAGCCCGACUUGUAGAUUCGGCAAGAAAGCACGAAUCACUCUAUUGGGUGAACCCGAUGAGAAACUGAACAUUCCUGGCUUUGGAGAGAAGUUCCUUGGAGUAGAGGCAGGAGGAGUCCUAAACCUAUACGGAAGGGAGAAGUUAUCGUGGACAAAGUUGACUAAGCACGUUCCUAAGUUUGAUGAAGCCACGGCCGAGAUCUUUAAUCAUAAGGACUCGGGAGAUAUUGAAAGGGGACAUGGUAUUUAUAUCUACCAUUUCAGGGAAGAUUUUCCCGCCGACUUUGAUAUUGAAAAAGACCCAGGAAUAGUUUAUGUAAACCGUAUACACAAGUCAUUGAAAUCCUGGAACCAAGAUAACAUCAAUACAGCCAUUAGCGAACUUGCCACUUUCUUGAACAACAUACCUGUUGGUGAUAUUUUUGUUCUUGCAACACAAAGAGAUUACAAACGGGAGGACCGAGAUUACACCACCUUGUUUGACGCCUUUGAUCUUGUAGCACCAGUCAAUUCCCUUAGAAACGUUCAGCCGGACGAUGCUUACGUUGCUUUGGGCAAAAAAGGAGACCAGGCGAGCUUUAAAGAGGAUAUGGAUUCCACAAUUGGACCCGAUAACAGAACGGAAGCACUUUUGGUUUACAGCGAUGACUCCCGGGAGCGUGAGUUAGUUGUAAGCACAUAUAAUGGACUGGAGUCAUGGCAAGGGAGCCUUGGGUUGUUUGUGUUCAACACUCUGUUAACCCGGCCCAUCAUCUCCGUAGUCGAUAAUGUGAACUCAUGGAAAACCGGUGACAAGAUCUUCGUGGCGUCCACGGAUUACGACUGGAGGCAGGUUGAGGAGUUUGAAGUCAUUCCUUGUAACAACGUCAUCUGUUCAUCAAACACCGUCAGACUGAACCAUCCAUUCGAAUACGACCACUACGGAGAGAUCUACAACCGGGUAGACAUGAGGGCAGAGGUGGGGCUAAUGACCCGACACAUUCUUAUUGACGCUGAGGUGUCUGAGGGAAACAGCAAUGGUGGACACGUAAAGUUUUUGCAUGGAUUCAAAGAUGUCCAGGUUGACGGAGUAGAAUUGACGAAUCUGGGACAGCCUUUGAUACUAGGUAGAUACCCGCUCCACUACCACAUGUGUGAGGAUCUGUCGGACACAUCCGUGUACCCCACACAGUCCGUGCUCCGGAAAAACUCCAUCCACCACACUCAGUUCCGGUGUGUCACUAUUCACGGAACACACAGCGCCAGGCUGAUUGAUAACGUCUGCUACGAUUCCGUCGGCCACGGGUUCUUCUUGGAAGAUGGAGGAGAGAAGAAUACGUACUUCCGGGGAAAUCUUGGCCUAGGUCAGAGACGGUUUGUUGGGACGACCGUUCUUGAUGUGACCGGGGCUAUCCCCACAGACACAUCGAAAGGUCCUGCCACGUUUUGGAUCACUAAUCCUCUAACCACAGUCCUAAACAACGCUGCAGCCGGGGGAGAGGGUGUUGGUAUGUGGUUUGUGUAUCCAGAUCUCCCCACGGGACCCUCCAGAGCCCGGAACUUUAUGCAGGACAAGGAGGCCCGCCAUACCAAGAUCACACUGUACAAAAACAACGUCCACCAUUCUUACGUCAGGGCUGGUCUGUUUGUUGACAACAUCGAGCACGAUGAUUUAACUGUCUCCGACUACAACAAAUACAACCCCAAACAGAACCCCUUGGAUCCCUCAUCGGCCCCCGUUCCCGCCGUGUUCGAAAGAGUCACGGCUUACAAGAACAAAGCUCAAAAUAUCUGGGUCCGUGGAACCCCCAUCAUUGUGAGAGAGUCCUCAUUUGCAGACAGUAAGAUUGGAGCAACCGUCAUCAGAGAACAAGAUAUUUGGGUGGAGUUUAUCAACAAUGUGGUGAUUGGGUACUCCGACAAUCUCGGGAAACCAAACACAGGCUACACUCGCUCCUACCCGUCCACCCCAUCAAGAGAUGUUGUGGGGUUCAGGUUUAACAAAGGACCUGUUUUCGUCAAAAACACCUGGUUCCACGAUUUUGUGUCAACAGACAUCCACAGAUCUGCAGCGAUGUCCAACACCGAAUGUUUCAGCCAUAUGAAUCCGCAAAACCAAGUGGAAAAUGUUCUCUUCAGCUUUGCUGAUGGACCCGGCAACCGUUUCCUGUUCCGGGAGUGUGUAAGUGAAAGUACCACUACCGCUAAUACAGAGAGAGAGGAGGACAGUCUGUUUAUGCUGAAGGACAUCGGGAACGGCUUGACGGGACACUCAACAACAAAGUCUGUCACUCUGGUGAAGAACACUCCGUUCCUCGUCACCAGCCAAUGUAGAGUUAGAGAUUCCUGGAAUGUCGCUUACUGCCCCUAUAACUAUGGAGAGAUUAUGGUGUCAUUUUCUGAUGAGAGAGAAAUGAGUGUUUAUAGAACAGAUGGCGCUUUACCCAAAAGAUCUGUUCUGGAGAAAGAGUUUAUCGCUAUCUUGGGAGAGUCGAACCAAAACCAGAAGAAUUUCCAGUAUUUAGUCGCCUUCGACGACGGACUGCCACAAUCUGUAACAUUUAAAGGAGAAUCUAUAACAAAGUCGGACUCCGUCAUCAUGGCCUACUGCGUGCCCAGGGAUGCCCUUCUUAGCUUCUGGUAUAAAAUGGGCAGUACAUCGGUACCCACACAACCAGUCUGCUCCCUGGAGGAGAUCCAACAAGACACCGAGGGGGGCAAAUAUUUCUACGACAAGAACGUCGGGGUUGUGUUUUUCAAAAUGCUAAACGAUGUGGAGUACGCCACUGGAGAGAAAGCGUCCUGUCCCUCGGGUAAAUGUGUCCGGGCUGGGGUCAAUAUACAGUCUGGUACCCUCACGGACAGCGAUUGUUACGACCGGUUUAUACUGGAGACGUCCUAUGUACACGCAGCAGAGGGAAGCCCCAGCGCUGCGAAUGAUGUUUUGCUGGCAACAACCCCCCAAGCUCCAGAGUUUUUGGGCGCCGGAUCUACCUAUCCAUAGGAAUGAACUUUGGCAAGCUUCUUAGAGUUUCUGUGAUAUUUUCCAUUUUGAGGCAUUUGAGUUUGCCGACAAUUUAUGCAAACUUUUCUUUGAAGAAGUGUUUAGUACUUUUUGAUAAUUAAUUUUUUUUUUAUUGAAAUAAUUAUAAUAUUGUAUUUCUGAUCAAAUAGUGAGAAUUGUACUUUUAUUUUUUACUUUUUUUUUGUAAAAAAAAAUGAAAUGCGUAAUACUUUGUAUAUAACAAUAAAGCAUGGUUACAAA